AUGGGAACUAGUAAAGGCUGUGAUAGUUCACGGUCGCGGUGGAGCCGCGUGUUACUGCGCGUGUUACGUGUGUUGGUUUCUGUGAAACAUGUUGCGUUCAUCAUGGACGGUAAUCGGCGCUACGCUCGCCAUAUGGGAUUAGCUGUCGAAGAAGGUCAUCGAUCUGGUUUCACAAAGUUGUUAGAGAAUUACCAGCGCAGUGAGAUAGAAGUCUCCAAUCUGAUGUCGCUUGCUGCCAAUACUGUCUUGACGGAGAGUACAUUGGGGAAUCUCGCGUCGUUUCGACUGCGCUUUUAUGGCGAUUUCCGUUUCCUAAUGAAAGAGGUCCGAGACAAAUUCAAUGAAAUUGAGAGCGACAGCGAGAAAAGAUAUCAAAUGUCGAGAACUGAGGAAGACAAGUCUGAUGUAUUGAUUAAUCUGUGCGUAUCUUACGGCGCCCGCAACGAGAUUUCUACGGCAGUUGAGCGUGUUUCCAUGGAUGCUGCUGAGGAUGAAAGAGAAAAAGCGAAAAAGUUCUACAAACAUCUGGUAGCUGGAGAUGAAUGCCCGCCACAGGUGUUGAUCCGGACAUCAGGUGUUACAAGGCUCUCUGACUUUCUAGUAUACCAAUUGUUUUUGCAAGGAGAUGCCGCGGAUUUAUCGCUUUACAGACGUUGUUUCUACAAGGGUAGUAGACAUGUUAUUUGUUUCUACAACGAGCCGCCGCUUUCCGGCGAGAUAAACCUGCGCAGCUUCCAGGAGAUCGCUGCUAAGCGCGUUGCUAUGCUGCAGUUCGUCGACUCUCGCAUGGACUUCCGGCGUAAGCGCACUGAUGGCAAAAUGGACCAUGUAUCCGAUAUCGAAACAAAGAUGGAGGAGUUAGGAUUCAUGCUUCCUUCGCCAGUGUUCGACAAAGACGACAUCGAAAGGUUCCUGCACAUAGCGCAGGCCGAUGUUAUCUCCCAUUUCAUUCUGCGUCUAGCUUUCGGUAAAGCACGAGCCAAACGAGAAUGGUUCAUACGCAACGAGGCGCGGCUUUUCGAGAUACGUCUUGACCUCCUGCGUAACGUAAGGAUUCGUGACGUGGAGAACCAGACUAAGCUGGAAUACUUUUUACAGAACCAGGGUAUAGUGUACGAGAGCCUGUCAAUACCUCACUUGAUACCCAAUUCACGCUCAAAUUCUGAACAGAUGUCGCAGUUUCAAGAUUUAAUACGCUUCCGCAACGAUGCUGCGAAGGUGGAAAAAAUUUACAUCGCACCUUUCUACCCUGACGCAAUUUCGCUUGUGCGCCAUCGACAGGUAUUAUUGAAGAAUGGCGAGGCAUACGUACCAGACACGGUGUUACAUGUAUUAUGCGCCUCGCGGUUCCGUCAGCAGAUACAAAAUUCGCUACGACAUCUCGAUGAAGCGGGCACCAUCGACUCAGCGAAACCGUUUUUGGACGAACGUAUAUCGGCCUUUUUGCGCGUCCUACCGGAGUCAUACUUAGCAGUUGAUUAUUCUCGUAGUUCCUUUGUAUCAGGUAGAGACCAUAAUUUGAGUCUGGCGAACAUCAACAGUGUGUUCCAACGAACAUUUCCACCGUGUAUGCGGCGUAUUUUCACUCACUACGUACGUAGCCGUCAUCUGAAGCACAAUGCCCGCCGUCAGUUUUGGCUAUUUUUAAAGGGCUGUGGUAUGACUUUGGAAGAAAAUAUUCACUUCAACCGUAACAUUUGGAGUGACGCAGGUGCGUUCGAUAAGGAGCACGUGUACAACAUACGUCACAUUUACGGUAAAGAGGGUCGCCGUUUGAGUUACCCACCGCUUAGCUGCAACUCCAUAAUUCGAAGUCUACCUCCACCGACAGCUGGUCAGGUGCAUGGAUGCCCUUUUAAGGAUCUUGAUAUGUCGAGUAUGAGAAAUAUGCUCGAGGAAUUUGGUUUAUCUGGAGAGCAGAUAUCGCCUAUAAUGGAUUUGAAGUCUACUCAUCAAUACCAACUUGCGUGCGUUGAGUACUUUUCGCAGACCACGCCAACGGGUUCAAUGGAUGGCGUAGGCAUCCACCCCAAUGUGUUCUUCCAGAACAGUUUCAAGGCUCACUACAGUGACAGCGGUACAUCAGGCUGA